ACUCAACAUGCCUUUGAAAACUUAACCACAUAAAUGUAAAGGGAUUUCUAAUACAGAGUCAAUACUUUGUUAUACUGCAGGUUAAGAAGAGAAAUCUUCAACUACCCCUAUGCGGAACAGAAAACUUGCAAUCAGAAAGAAAUGGCCAUGUAUGCAGUGAAUUUGUAUUCCAUAAUACUGCUGCUUUUAGUUAACAUUUCACAAGCAGAAGUAGUGCAUGGUUAUGAAGACGAGUACCAUUUAAUAGUAGGAAGCACCACAGUAAAUAAUAAAUAUCAAAUUCAUGCUCCUUUGAGGCAAAAACGUGAAGCGACUGAUUUUCAGGAAUAUUUUAUUGAUAUUGAGGUGCUUGUCAAUAUUUCCGAUGAGUCCUUUCUAGAUGGACUGAAACAAUUCUUGAAGAAAAACAUAUCAUAUCCUCUUAAUGUUGAACAAAAUGUUAGUGUUACAGAUGGGGUCCUUACAACAAUUUGCACUCUCAGUGGUGAAAACACACAGUGCAAGUGUGAAAAAGCGUAUGCCUGGUCUUCUGCAAACUGCAGCAAAUUUGGAUCUUGCUCAGGAGAUUCCACUGACACCUGUGAUUGCAUCAAAGCAGCUCCACCAGAUGGACUCUAUUGCCAGGCAAAACUUUCUUUUGUUAUGAAAAUGGCUUUUUCGAUGAACCUCACAUUUAUAUCUGCUCUAAAUAAUAAAUCAUCCCCGGAAUAUAACCAGUACAAAAGUGACAUUGAAGAUGCAAUAACUCAGAGUUAUUCUGCAGCUGUAAAGGGUUUUCAGACAGUAGCAGUCACAGGUUUCAGAAAUGGCAGUGUUAUUGUAGACUAUGAGAUAGUGACAACUGGGACAUCAUCAUCCUCCGACUUGCAGGCAGGAAACAACAAAAUAACAUCAGCUCUUCUUGUGAAAAGCUAUCAAGUUGAUCAAUCAUCUUUUAUAGCAGUUGUUACUGACAAGAUAGAAUUUACUUCCACCCCCACACUGGCCUUUGAAGGGGACACGUUAAUCCUGAAUUGUGUCAUUAGAGUAAAUUAUUCCAAAGCAACGUGGAAAGUGGAUGAUACAGAUGUCAAAGUUGAUGGAAGGCAUGUCAUUAGCAAAACAGAAAAUGGUACAACACUAAUAGUUCAACCUGGAUACAAUGGAAAUUAUACUUGCAUUUUCGAAGACAGUUUUGUAAUAUACAAACAUACAGAACAAAUCACAGUUAAAGGUAAACCAACAAUCACAUCCACUUCACCAGUUACUGCCUUUUGUGAUGAAACCAAUGACCUAAAGUGCUGCAUAACACCAUACAUGGAUUACUUCACUGUUGGGUGGAGUGAUGGAAAGAAUACAUUGAAUGGGGUGAAAAGCACAAACAAUCCAUACUGUUCUAUCUAUACACCAACUGCAGAAAUUUGCAAAUCAAAAUCUGGUCUGGUAUUAAGCUAUACUUGUGAAAUAAAAACAGGUUUUGGAGCUGUCUGGCUUGAAAGUAUUAAUGUGACAUUCAUACAAAUGGGAACUAAGACAGAAAUGAAAAUACAGGAUGUGUCUAGUGGUGACGGAACAACCAUAACUUGCACAACUGACAUAAUAAACAAAUAUAAUACUUCAUGGUAUUUGAAACAAGAUACAGGUGAAAUCACUGUUUUGAAACCUAGUGGUUCAGUAUGGAGUUCCAGUAGUGAACAGAAUAAAAUGAGUCUUACGAUCACAAAUGUCAACAAACUAUGGGAAGGUGAAUACCGUUGUGAAUUUUCUUAUGAAUCAAAAAAUACCAGUGCAAAGGCUAGAAUGAAUGUGUAUUCAUUGCCAACAAUCACUGUGUCUCCUGAAAAAAAGAAACAUGAUUGUAACAGUGAUGUGAACAAUGAAGUAGUGAAGUGCUGUAUCCCUGUGGGAUCAGAGACUUACACAAUGACAUUUAACACAGACAUUCAACCUGGAGAUCUAAUAGCUUCACAAGAUCAGAUGUGUGCCAAUUUUACCUAUCUAUACCCAGAAACAUGUGAAGUCACACAUGUCAUAACAUGUAAGGUUACAAACCAACUUAAUAAAUUCAUUACCAAGAACAUUACAUUGGAUUCGUUUAGAAAGAUCGAAAAUGAAGUGUUAUGUUCUCACCCUACCUACGGUAUUGGCCAGGACCAUGACAGCAUUACAACAGCAUGUCCACCUCAACAGACUGGAAAUAUCACUGUAGAAUGCAAAAGUGGGAAUUGGAUUGUUACAAGUGACACAUGUGUAUUAAAAGCAAUCGAUGACAUUUUCUUUAAAGCUUCGCAACUGACAAACAGUCCAAAACCAGUACAAACUGAGUUACCCUCCUUAAUUGAAGAACUAAAGAAUACUUCAACAAAGCUUAAAAACAAUAUCACUUCAUCAACUGCAACCAUUUCCUCAGUGGUUAAUAUACUGAGCGUCUUUUCAAAAACUGCUGAAAAUAUCACCAUUAGUAAGACUGAAUUGACGGGAUUUCUUGAAACAGUGAACAAUGUAAUAGGAUUGGAAUCGAUAAAAUCCUGGAAAAACUUGAAUAACCAGGAAACUGAUAGUUCCAGCUCGCGUUUACUGCAGUCAGUGGAACUUUUCACCAAGUCAUUAUCUACAAAUUCUUCCUUCAAUCUAGAAACAAAUAACAUUAAUUUGAAGGCGACUAAAAUAACUACAGAAAACAGUAGCUACAAUGAGGCCUUUACUUUUAAUAAUACAAAAGUCAGUGGUAGUGUAAAUAUUCCUGCAUCAGAACUAAGCGUUCUUAACAACACUUUUAUCGUUGCUGUUGCUUACUUAAGCCUUUCAGACAUCCUCCCAAGCAGAAACAACACAACAAACAAAGAAGUAAAUGGCAUUGUUUUGACAGCAAUAGUGCAUGGCAAUGUUAAAAGUGUUGCCUUGGACUUUGGAGUGAAGAACACUUCUUUGGGUAACCCUCAGUGUGUCUUUUGGAACUUCACUCUAUACAACAACACAGGAUCAUGGGAUGACUUUGGCUGUAAGCCAGAAAUAUUGGGAAACAGUAGCAUUCGCUGUCGGUGUGAACACUUGACUUCCUUCUCAAUCUUAAUGUCACCCAAAGAGAUAAAGGACUCAGGUAUAAGUGAAGCAUUAGAUUACAUUACCUAUAUCGGAUUGGGCGUCUCCAUGGGAAGCUUAGUUUUGUGCCUCCUUAUUGAAGCAAUUGUAUGGCAGAGCGUGAACAAAAACAAGACCUCUUACAUUCGACAUGUUUCAAUUGUGAACCUCGCCUUAUCUCUGUUGAUCGCUGAUAUAUGGUUCAUCAUAGGGGCUGCGAUUGAUGCCUCCACACCAGCCUGCAGUGCAGCCACUUUUUUUAUUCACUUUUUCUACCUGGCCUUAUUCUUCUGGAUGUUAACUUUAGCUAUUCUGCUUUUCUUCCGAGUAGUCCUGGUCUUCAAAGACCUAGGCAAGUCACAAAUGCUGGCAAUUGCAUUCUGCCUGGGCUAUGGCUGCCCACUUAUUAUUGCUGUUGUGUCGGUAGCUGUUACUGCCCCUGAGGAUCAUUACACAAGAAAAGAUACAUGUUGGCUCAACUGGGAUAACACCAUGGUCCUUCUUGCUUUUGUUAUACCUGCCCUGGUCAUAAUUACCAUCAAUUUGAUCAUACUGAUUGUGGUAAUUUUCAAGAUGCUAAGACGAACUAUUGGAGACAAGCCUAGGGCUGAAGAAACAAGCACCUUAAAAGUAGUUGCUAGAUGCAUCGCCAUCUUAACACCAUUUCUUGGUCUUACCUGGGGAUUUGGAAUUGGAAUGGUGGUUGCACCUGACAACAAGGGAAUCCAUGUUGUGUUCACAGUGCUCAAUGCAUUUCAGGGAUUCUUUGUUCUAGUCUUUGGAACACUAUUGGACAGUAAGAUACGAGACGCAUUGCUGAAGACAUUUUCAUUAUCAAGAAACGUCUCUCAACAAACAAGGAGUACAACUGGUGGUGUUUCGAGUGGGAACACAAACUAUAGACCUAAUAUCUUUGGCCAAAAAAAAACCUAUAGAGUGCAUGAAGUCUCAACCUCAAGUAAUUCUACAUCAAGUUACUCUGUUCUAAGUUAAAUGAAAAAAAAAGAAAUAUAUUGAUUGAGCAAUAGCUCUAAACAAUAAAGACACUGAAAUAUCUUUGCACAGAAAUAAAUCGCUUGAUGUAUAUUAUAAUUCACUCACAAGCCUUUUUGUGCUUUUUAAUAAUAAAAAAAAAGUGUAUUAUAUGUAUUCCAACAUAGACAACUGGAACAGAAUUGAAAAGGCUUUUUUAUGAAACACUGAAACUGCACAUACGGAUGCCCUAUAGGGCCUUAUUGCAUUUAUAAUCCAGGUAAAACAAUGGGUUUGAAGAAAAAAAAAUGUUUAAGGCAAAUAAUUAUUAGAGUUUUUUUUAUUAAAUAUCCUUACUCCAAAUAAAGUAGUCCCAUGUAUAACUUUGAACUACACCCUAAGUUAAGAUGAGUAAAUUAAUUAAAAUUAAAACUUGUAAAAGAAAAUAAAUAUUUUUGUGUGUGCAUUGUGAUUGAAAAAAAAUAGACCAGCGGGUGGAGUUGAGACGGCAGAGUUAUUUUUUUUCUUCCUGUCAGUGCAGACACACUGAGCAGAACAUUUAUAUCUUUUGAAACUGCUGCUUGAGUUUUACCUUUUCUUACUCUGUCCACUAUGCAGUGAAAGAUUUUAAUUUGUUUGCUGUCUGCCAUGCUUCGCACUGUAUAUCUGGAACGUUCACCCAACGUUUGCGAGUCAAAUUGCAUUAUGGGGGAAAUGGGAGCCACGCCCUUACUGUGAUUCUGCACUAUAUGGCCGUAACUAGCUGUGAGGACACCAAGGUCAUGUCCUUGGUUUUUUUGCAUCAUCAAUGCUGAUGCUUAUUUCAAGCUACUGGUUUCAGUGCUGACACCAUAUAUUGACGUUUCAAUGUCACCCUGCAAGCGUGUUGUACUGUAUGCAAAUGAAACAGCUCCAGGUUGGUCUUGUUUAAAAAUAUUUAUACUUAGGGAAGCAAUUUCCCAUAACAAUGACACUAAUGACAAUAAAUCUCAAUACUAAUAAAAAAUAGAAAAAAAAAAUGUCUGCUUAUGUACCAUACACAAAAGCGAACGUGGUUUGUGAAAUGUUUGUAAAACAUGUAAAGAAUAAAAUCGCUACCUUUUUUUAAAAAAUUUAAUUAUAGGAUUUGGGUGCAGGUUUGUUUAUUUCAGUAUUUAAGUUACCUUGGGUCCUAAAAUGUAUUGGCGAAAGUAAAAAAAAAAAAAAAGUUUCAGUAAUUAAAAAUAUCUAGUAGCCUACAUGUGUUAAUGCUGAUUGUGCUGUUUGUUCAGAGUGUGUUCAUAAAGUGUAUUCAAGCAGAAAAAAAGGUCAAUUACAUAAAUGAAUAUUGUAUUUACAUAUUUUUCGGUGGAUUGAUCUGAACCAGAUUAAACAUAGUUUUAAUAAUAACAUUCGAGGUCCUUUACCAGAGAUUAGGGACCUUGACCAAUCACAUUAAUGGGAAUCUCCAAUACAUUUUCUAAUUAGAAUAGCUUUGCAAAUCCAGCACAUACUUGCUUAAACAGCGGUACUGCUUGGAAGACUACCAAACCUACAUUUUGGUUUAUAAAAAAAAAGUUAACAAGUUGGAAAACGUUUUUUUAACCUGCUGUAGUAACUAGCAGUAAUACCUUUUAAGCAUGUUGCAUAUUAAUGUUCUUUGUAUUAUGCACAUUUGCCAUUAAUAUUUGUGUAAAUUUUUUGUUUUGUUAUUUGUAAGGAGGUUGUAUUUAUGAAGCGGAUUUAUAUGCAUAUUGGCCUUGCUUGUGAAACAAUGUAAAAAUGUGAAAUGGUACACUGCUGUUUAUUAAAUGCAAUUAGUUAAGUGCCCAAAAAAUACAAAUCUAUGUCAAGUUUUGAGUCCUUAAAAUAAAUACUGUACAUACUUUAAUACUAACUUAUUGGGUAUGCAUCAAAUACAGCUUUACAUGUAUACUGUAACGUUACUUUGAAUUACUGUAUAAAAACUUGGUCUUAUAAUAAAAACUAAAACAAUU